AUGCAACCACAAGAAGAAACAAAACGACACACUUUUCAGAGAAGGGUAACAAUAACAGAUCUCGUAUUGAUGCAACAACAAGAAGGAAAAGGUAAUAAUAAUAAUAUACAACAAGUGAUGAAAAAUUACUUGACAAUACUAUUGGUUUUGAUUGCAAUUAUCAUGAUGGCUAGUCAUCCAAUGAUGAUUCAUUGUUUAUCAUCAUCAUCGGAAUAUUCCUCCUUUAUGAAUUCUGAUAAUCAUGGAGAUGUUUCAAUGGUAGAACAAUCAGCUCAAGGAAAUGCUGCCCUUCAAUCAGCCCUAGACGCCUUGAAUUACACUUCAACUUUUACUUAUUCGGGAAGAAUUACAACAUUGGACUUGUUGAAUGAGGUGAUGAAGAAUUCAUCCCUAGAUAGAAAUACUGCUUUGGAUUAUAUUAAUAGCUAUUAUGUUUCUAUUAGAUUGCCUGUUAGAUUUCAAAAAUUGACCAAUUCAAAUGAUCUUGUGGAGAGAAUUGAAGUUCUGGCUGUGAAUAGAAUUAGGAAUUCAUUCUACUUGAUGGUGAAUAGUUACAACGUAGAGUCAUAUUUUCUGGGAAAGAACACAACUGUUGGAAAGACAGUUCCAUUGUUUACCGAUUUGACAUCACCAUAUUUCCCAACUGCUUUUGAUGGAAAGACUUUUGUAAUGGUUUUCAAACCAAAUGGUUGGGCAAACAUUUUGAAACAAAGUGAUAGUAAUGCCACCUCGUCGAGAACUAUUCUUCACACUCCACAAUUGAAAAUGUUCAAUCCAACCACCAAUUCGAGAAAUCAUUUCAAAAUUGUUAAUAUUAUGGGAAAGAAUGCUUCCCAAGUGAUUAAUGUUGAUUCUGGAAAAUGUUUAACAUUUAAUGAUUUUGGAUAUUUUAACAACUUGAUUGCCGACUUUCAAGAUUGUGAUAGUAAUAAUAGUAAUCAAUUAUAUGUUUGGACUGGUACAACUCUGGUUCCACUCUUCUCUAGAAAUGGUAAUCAAUAUUAUGCCCUUAAGAGAGAUUUCACAUUUGGAACUUCAUUUAUGGAAUAUUCCAAUGAUUUCAAAUAUACAACCAUUACUUUACAAUUGGUUACACCUGCCAAUUAUGAUGUUGUGAGAUCACAAAAUAUUUCUCUAACAGAUAGCUCUAUUGAGCAAUUUUAUUCCGACUAUUCUCUAGUAUUGGACGAAAAAUUGGAUUCCACAAUCAAGACAUUUGUUUCAAGAUCAGUACAGGAAAAUACUGAUGAUAAUAGAUAUCUUAAAGUUAUUGGAACAAGGUGGUCAAUAGCUCCUUCCUCAUUCAGUAGCAGUUUCAUUUAUUCUCUUGUAUUGUGCUGUUUGGUAAUUAUUAUGCAUUUUGUGUAA